AUGAAUCGGACGCUUCGACUCUUUGCAUCCGCCUCCUCUGCGAGCGGAGCAUCAUCCUCUGCCUGGGCUGGAAGACCCAGCAGCCACGCAGCCAGUCAGACGUACCUCGUCGUAGCCCACGAUGCGCGUGGCGCAGACAUCAUGGCGAAGCGUCUGGCUGUGCGCGAGAAUCAUUUGGAGGGAGCGAGACGGGGCAAGCGCGAUGGCAGGAUCCGUGAGUGUCUAUGAUGAGGUGUAGUGAGAGCGCAAAAGGAAAGCUGCAGAGCUCAUCGAGCAUCUCGUUUACACUGGGCUUGCCAUGCAGUGCUUGGUGGUGCGAUCCUAAGCCGCGACUUUUCCGAGCUGAGCGAAGAGGGGCCAAAGGGAGCCAUGGCGGGUAGCGUCAUGCUGGUCAGAGGCGAGGUGAGUUGAAGCGGAAAAAAAGUGUCACAGCUGCACCGAUUAUGGAGCUGACUCUGGACUAUUGCAUGGGCAUGACGACGCACAUCCAGUCCGUUGCAGAGGUUCGAUCGCGCAUCGCGCAAGACCCGUACGUGACUGGAGGCGUGUGGGAUCCGAACAACAUUAGCGUUCACCCCUUCGCAGAAGCGCCGCUUGUGGCCGUCUCUUCUGAGCUCUCGACCAGUUCGGAUGUGACCUUUGGACCGUCGCGCAGUCAACACUAUUCUGCCUUGGAUGCGGACGCCGAGCUGGCAGAUGCGAUCGCCAAAAGGGCUGCCGUCGCCCGAGACCAGCCUGCUCCCUCGCUCGGGCUGGACUUGGCAUCUUUGCGCAACGCUGCAGCCGCAACGCUGCAGAGCGGUGAAGGCGGUGUGGCCAGCAGCAGCAACAGCAGCCGCUCGACCAAGUCGCCGAGAGCCAAAGGUUCACGAAGCGCUAGAGCGCAGAAGAGGUCGCAGAGUGUCAAUGCUGCUGGCGCUGCUGCUGCUGCUGCCGCUACGCCUGCCACACCUGCCACACCUGCUCAUACGCUGGGACAACUUCGAGGAGAAGCUGCCAAAGCUGCUGCGGCUGCCAACAUGACCCUGUCCCAGUUGCGCACCGUCCACACCAAGACGGGCUGA